AUGAAUGCAACGCUGACAUCUCUUUCUGCCAAAGAAGAACAAAACUUUGGAGAGUUGGUCGGUUUAUUGAAAGAAUUAAAAGCCUUCUCUUCGAAUUCUGUCUCUCCGAUAAUUUCCCAAGAAUUUCUUUCACAGAAGUUUUCCCAUUUCGAAGCCAUUUUACACAAGAAUCUAAUUCCGCUGCUUCGCAUUUCCAGCCUUUUACCAACAGUCUCAGAUGCCCCACCUGCUUUCACAAGGGUGCAAGGGGGAGAAAAAACAGAACAAAUAAAGGCUGGGGAACAAGCAAAAAGUUGCGAAGGGAUGAAGACAACUACAGAAGAUGCGAAGGUAGUUGGAAAGAUAUACCCUUCGAAGGUGGUGGCAAAGGCAACUGUUGUUUCUGCUGGUCCAGGUAUAGAAAAAGAGGGUGGUGGGAAUACCUCAUUGGCUGACAAGCACGGUGUUGAUGGCGUCAAAGUUAUGGCUUUGAAGAUGCAUGGCUUAUAUUAA